UCCUGGGUGCGGGGAGGGGAGGAGGUGGUCCUCUGGCCGCGGACUUAUCGGGGCUGCUUCGCCUGCUGGCGCUGGCUUCAGGCUGGCUUCCAGCGGUUCUCUCAGACAUUCUUUCCGUUCCCGGGGACGGUCUCCCGCUGUCCAGCAGCCUCCCAGGGCGCGCGACUCCUAUGUCCCUGGGCACGGUGUGAGCAGGUGGGCAGAGCAGUCACCAGGGAAAUAGGCCCCCCAGGGGAGGCGGCAGCGGGGCCAUGGCCCGGAGAUCGGGGCCAGCGCCGGCAGUCAAUGGAGAGGAGUUCUCCUUCGUCAGCCCCGUGGUGAAAUACCUGCUCUUUUUCUUCAAUAUGCUUUUUUGGGUAAUCUCCAUGGUACUGGUUGCCAUAGGAGUCUAUGCACGGCUAAUGAAGCAUGCAGAGGCAGCUAUGGCCUGCCUGGCAGUGGACCCAGCCAUCCUGCUGAUCGUAGUGGGCAUCCUCAUGUUUCUGCUCACCUUCUGUGGCUGCAUCGGAUCCCUUCGGGAAAACAUCUGCCUCCUGCAAACGUUCUCUCUGUGUCUCACCAUCGUGUUCCUGCUCCAGUUGGCUGCCGGAGUCCUGGGCUUUGUUUUUUCAGACAAGGCUCGUGGAAAAGUGAGUGAAAUCAUCAACAAUGCCAUUGUACACUACCGAGAUGACCUGGACCUACAGAACCUCAUUGACUUUGGCCAGAAAGAGUUCCACUGCUGUGGUGGUAUCUCCUACAAGGACUGGUCCCAGAACAUGUACUUCAACUGUACAGAAGACAACCCCAGCCGGGAGCGAUGUUCUGUGCCUUUCUCCUGCUGCCUGCACAGAUCCAGCCAGACAGUAAUCAACACCAUGUGUGGCCGAGGUAUGCAGGCUCUCGACUACCUGGAGGCUGGUAAAGUCAUCUACACUAAUGGCUGCAUUGACAAGCUAGUCAACUGGAUCCACAGCAACCUCUUCCUUAUUGGGGGUGUGGCCCUGGGCCUAGCCAUCCCUCAGCUGGUGGGCAUCCUGCUAUCUCAGAUCCUUAUCAAUCAGAUCAAAGAUCAGGUCAAGUUACAACUCUACAAUCGGCAGCACCGGGCUGACCCGUGGUACUGA